AUGGCUGCCACUGCACCAAUUGACACCGAUACGCCCGCUCAACGUCAGUCAAUCAAAAUGAAUUCAAUCUUACAUAAGAUUACCAUCAACAUCAAGUUAUCAACAUCCAACUAUGUUGCCUGGUCCGACGCGAUUCGUUUUGGAUUAAUGGCCACGUCCUAUGACCAUUAUCUUGACUCAGAAGAUGCUGGAGGUACGGGUAUGGACCCCGAAGUCUUAUCAGCCACCAAGAAAGCCUUGUUUUACUGGCUACUAUCUAGUAUUGAUCUUAUUCAGUCCACUCGAUUUAUAUCAAUGAUAUCAAAAUUUGAGAACGGUAUUAAAAUUACGAUACCGUCGCCUUCUUUACUGUGGAAGACGAUCCGCGAAUAUCAUAUCAGUAAUUCAGAGUCGGUCAAACUCAUGUUACGAAGCGAAAUCACUGAUUUGUCUCAAACCUCCUCAAAAGACUUAUUAGAAUAUAUCGAUAUCUUCAGAGCCAAAGUUGACGCUUACCUAGGUUCAAACGGUGAAAUGUCCGAAGAAGAACAGGCUCGCCAAUUUACGCAGGUCAUGUCAAAUUCCGAAACCUCGAAACCGAAUUGA